CAAGAUCAAUCAGGCAAAAUAGUCUGGUGAUUUUUCAUGAAAACACUUUAAUUUAAAAAUAGUGUUGACAUAAGAUUAGAAAAAAUCGAGUACUAUAUAUAAAGCAGGUAUUAUUUUUUUUAUCAAUGUCAGUUGUGUACAAUACGUUUUCAAAAAUGAAGGUGGUUAUUUUGUUGAAUUUACUCUUUGUUUGGUCUUCCUUUGCUCAAGAGGAAGCAAAUCUAGUUAAAGAAAUAACUUCAAGUUCACGUACAGAUCCUGCUACAACUCCAUCUCCAUCUACAACUCCUGGAUAUUACUUGGUAUCAGUGGUGAAUUCGAACGUACCAAGCACUGACUACGAGUAUGAUGCAGUUGGUAUCCUGCAAGUGACUCUACAAGAAACGCACAACUUUACCACAGCUCUACCGAUAUUCCUGUCACAGUUCCAGCAGAAACAUGACACACAUCAAUGGAAGCUGUCCAGCGGAUGUAGCACUCUGCUUCUUCCCACAGGCAUCCUCUACUUGGAGCUGAAGGAAUAUGUGACCAAUACCAUAAUUUAUGUGUUCGAAUAAAAACUAGAAUAUAAAAAUACGAAAAAUGUUGAA